CUCUAGCUCUAGGUCACUCUCAUAAACCCUAAAAUUUCAAAACCGAAAAAGCGCUCCCAUUUCAAAAUUUGAAUCUUUUUGGUGUUCCCCAAUAGAGCCAUCUCUCUGAGAUUCUCAAACCCUAGUUUUUCUUGAUCGUGGAAGAUGGGUGGGGCUCACAGCCGCGAAGAUCUUGAGCUUAUAGACUCAGACGAAGAAGAGCAACAAAGCGAAGGGGAAGAGAACUUCCAGGACGCCGAGGAAAAGAUUCAGAGAUCGGCGGAGCGCGGACCCAGAACGCCGGCGUCGGUGGAUGACGUGGAGGCCAAGCUCAAGGCUUUGAAGCUCAAGUACGCGUCGACGUCGCAGGCCCCAAAUCUGAAAAAUGCGGUGAAGCUGUAUGUUCAUGUUGGAGGGAACACCCCCAAAGCGAAAUGGGUAACCUCUGAAAAACUCACCUCUUACUCUUUUUGUAAGACCUGUAGAAUGGAAGUGGAUGAUGAUGAGGAAGAUGUUGAGGAGGAGAGGGAAGAUUCGUGGUGGAUUUUGAGGGUGGGUUCGAAGAUUAGGGUUAAAGUUUCGGCUGAGAUGCAAAUGAAGACGUUUGGGAGGGAGCGUCGGGUUGAUUUUGUGGCCCGGGGAGUCUGGGCUAUGAAGUUCUUUAGUGUGGAGGAUUAUAGGGUUUUCGUUGCUAAGUAUACUGAUUGUAUGUUUGAGAACACUUAUGGAUAUGAGGCAACGGAGCAGAACAGGGUUAAGGUGUAUGGGAAGGAUUUUAUUGGGUGGGCAAAGCCAGAAGCAGCGGAUGAUUCUGUUUGGGAGGAUGCUGAGGAGAGUUUACUGAGAAGCCCGGGCUCUGCAACCCCGGUGAGAGCGAAUCAGGACUUGAGGGAGGAGUUUGAGGAAGCGGCACAUGGAGGUAUACAGAGCUUGGCAUUGGGUGCAUUGGACAAUAGUUUCUUGGUGGGAGACUCUGGCAUUCAGGUUGUUAAGAAUUACAGUCAUGGAAUACAGGGGAAAGGUGUUUAUGUCAAUUUUGAUGAUGGGAGUUAUAGAGGUGGCUCAAAUUUGGCACGCUCCACGCCUAGGAAGGCUCUGCUGAUGAAGGCUGAAACCAAUAUGCUGCUCAUGAGUCCAAUGAAUGAGGGCAUGCCUCAUACAACAGGACUUCAUCAGUUUGACAUUGAAACUGGAAAGGUUGUGACUGAGUGGAAGUUCGAAAAGGAUGGGACUGAUAUUACAAUGAAGGAUAUUGCAAAUGACAGCAAGGGAGCACAGUUGGAUCCUUCAGGGUCCACAUUCUUGGGACUGGAUGAUAACAGGCUUUGCCGUUGGGAUAUGCGUGAUAGGAAAGGGAUGGUUCAGGAUCUUGCAAGUGCUAAUACUCCUAUUCUCAAUUGGAACCAAGGGCAUCAGUUCUCCAGAGGAACUAACUUUCAGUGCUUUGCUAGUACUGGUGAUGGCUCAAUUGUUGUGGGGUCUCUUGAUGGGAAGAUCCGGUUGUAUUCAAUCAAUUCUAUGAGGCAAGCCAAAACAGCUUUUCCUGGCCUUGGUUCUCCUAUUACGCAUGUGGAUGUUACGUACGAUGGAAAGUGGAUCCUGGGAACAACUGACACCUAUUUGAUCCUCAUCUGUACCAUGUUUACUGAUAAGGAUGGGAAGACAAAGACAGGCUUUGCUGGGCGUAUGGGGAAUAGGAUCUCCGCUCCAAGGUUGUUGAAGCUGAAUCCUCUGGAUUCUCACUUGGCAGGCACUAAUAACAAGUUUCGUAAUGCCCAGUUUUCAUGGGUCACAGAGAAUGGGAAGCAGGAGCGCCAUUUGGUUGCAACUGUUGGAAAGUUUAGUGUGAUUUGGAAUUUCCAACAGGUGAAGGACGGGUCACAUGAGUGCUACCUAAAUCAGGAGGGCUUGAAGAGUUGUUAUUGCUAUAAGAUAGUCCUGAAGGAUGAUUCCAUUGUUGAUAGUCGCUUCAUGCACGACAAAUUUGCAGUCACCGACUCACCUGAAGCCCCACUUGUGAUUGCAACGCCAUUGAAAGUCAGCUCCUUCAGCAUAUCCAGUAGGCGAUGACGUUCAGAGACAUUAUCCUUCAUCUACUCUGAGCUUUCUUAGCUUGAUUGAUGAAGUUUCUAAUGCUUUUGUUUUAGGACUUCUGAAUUGUAUUUUUCACAUGUUCGAUUAGGCAAUAUGUUGUUUAGGUAAUUUCAGUAUGGAAUGAUGUCUAAUUGGUAGGGGACUUGAGUGGAAACUAUAAUGUACUAAUUUGCUUCUCUAUGAAAUCUCUAGCUUUCAUAGUAGAAUGGUACUCUUCCUUUGGAGCCGUCGGAUUAUUGCAUCAAGAUCAGGACAUUUCUCUUU